AUGUCUACAUCUAUCGCUUCUGGGCUUUUUAAGUCCCUUCCAAAACCAAAAUACACUGGUGAGGAUGAGGAGUUGCCACAACAUGCGCAACCCCGUGGUCCGCGCGUGGUCGGCGCCGACCAGCUAGAUGAAACACAGGUUGUCUUGCGGAGAACCGGCCCCCCGCCCUAUGGAAACCGCACAGGAUGGCGACCUCGCGCCGCCGAAGAUUUUGGAGAUGGCGGCGCGUUCCCAGAGAUUCUAGUGGCCCAAUACCCUCUCGACAUGGGCCGAAAGGGAACAUCCUCAACCUCAAAUGCGCUUGCUGUUCAGGUCGACGCCGAAGGAAAAGUCAAGUACGAUGCGAUCGCCCGCCGUGGACACGCCGACAACCGCACCGUACAUGCCUCGUUCAAAGAUCUGAUCCCGCUCCGACAGCGGGUGGAUAUGGGAGAGAUUUCACUGGAGAAGCCGUCCGAAGAAGAGAUCCAGGCUCAGAUGGAGAAGACAAAGGCCGCCCUUUCAACAUUGGUCGAAGGAGCUGCGUCCGCACAGAAACCGAAGAACGUGAAGGGCGGGCGAAGAGCCGAGCCGACCUUCGUUCGCUAUACCCCCGCGAACCAGAUGGGAAACAAUGGCCGCCAAAAUGACCGCAUCAUGAAGAUCGUUGAGCGACAACUGGAUCCUAUGGAGCCGCCCAAGUUCAAGCACAAAAAGAUUCCCCGUGGCCCGCCCUCCCCUCCACCUCCUGUUAUGCAUUCGCCGCCGAGGAAGCUCACGGCGGAGGACCAAGAGGCCUGGAAGAUCCCCCCGCCGGUCUCGAACUGGAAGAAUCCCAAGGGUUACACUGUGCCUCUGGACAAGCGUUUGGCUGCUGAUGGACGUGGACUUCAAGAUGUCACCAUCAACGACAAAUUCGCCCAGUUCGCAGAGGCUUUGUUCACCGCCGAUCGACAUGCUCGUGAAGAGGUGCAGCUCCGAGCUCAAAUGCAGCAGAAGUUGGCCGAGAAGGAGAAAGCGCAGAAGGAGGAGCAUCUCCGGAUGCUGGCACAGAAGGCUCGCGAGGAUCGCGCUGGUCCCAGUCGUCGGGUUCGUUCUCGCUCCCGAAGUGUGAGCCGCAGUGUGUCGGUCUCCUCGUCCAGGUCUGCUACGCCCAGUGAAGAGGAUGAAGCCGCUCGAGACCGCGCAGAGGCUCGUCGUGAGCGACGACGUGAAGACGAGCGCAAGCUGCGCCAGUCUCGCAUGGGUACGGAGCGCCGCAUUCAAGCCAUGGCCCGAGAACAGAACCGUGAUAUCUCCGAGAAGGUGGCGCUUGGUCUGGCCAAGCCGACACAGAGCUCUGAAACCAUGUGGGAUUCACGUUUGUUCAACCAGACCAGUGGCAUGCAAACUGGUUUCAACGAAGACAACCCUUACGACAAGCCGCUGUUCGCUGCGCAGGACGCCAUAAACAGCAUUUAUCGUCCUCGUGCCCAAGCUGACGCCGACGAUGAAGAUGCAGGCGAAGGCGAGAUGAGUCGGCUCGAAAAGACCAAGCGAUUUGAGGUCUUGGGACGCGCCAAGGAGGGCUUCCGAGGCGCUGCUGAAGCCGAGGAGCGCGAAGGUCCUGUCCAAUUCGAGAAGGAUACUGCUGAUCCAUUCGGCAUCGAUAACAUGAUUGCCGAUGUGACUUCCGGCCAGAAGCGCUACGGGAUUCAGGAGGCUGAGAACGACGACCGCAAGUCAAAACGCCCAAGGGUGGACGACGAUUGA